UCCAGACUUUACUUUCAGAAAUAUGUCUAAAUUUUAAGCUAUGUAUAUCCCAUAGAAAACAAGCCUCCCAAAUCAGAUAUUUCGGCCCAUUCCGUUUAAAUUUGUCAGCAUGAGGGCCCUUCUAGGCGCCGAAAGCUUCCUAAAUAUAUGCAAGUACCGGGUCCGAUGGUACAGCAAGGGCAAGUCAUAUCUGCCGCCCAAGGAGCUCUACGAUGUGGCAAUAAAAGCCAUUGAAAGCCGCCCGCUAACAAUUUCCGCACUUUUACGACCAGGUGGAAAGAAGGCAACCGAAACCCCCACAUUGGAAAUUUUGUGUCGCGCUUUAGCAUCGGCCAGCACUGUAGGAACAUCGAAUAACUCAGGUUCCAAAGAUGGGGCACCUUCUGCUUCCAACAGUCAGACAUUGAAGGAAACGCCAGCUUGUCUCAUGCAACAGGAAACUCAAUCACAACAUCGAAGCCAAUCAAAAAAGUCCGAAAUUAAUUUGGAAGCCCCGAAAAUAUUUAACUGUAAGCACUGUUAUGAAAAUACUUUCGCUAAAUUUCCAGGCCCUUCAGAUAUGACUAUAGUAAACUGCAAAAAAUGUCAUGAAGAUGACACAAAUAAAUCUGAGAAGCCGUACAUGGGAAAAGCAAUAACAGCACAACAGGGAGUCACUGCAAAACAAUCAAGCAGCGUUUUAAAAGAGCUUUCAAAAACUCCUAAAAAUAGCGAAGCUUCACCAUCAGAAGCAGUAGGUCCACACAAUCCACCUGAUUUUGCCGACAGAUUUUCCAUGCCGCAAAAAACAGCUUUUCCUUUGGGAAGAAAUCCCUGUGUUGACGGAUUGUCACAAUGUAAGCGGCCCAAAAAACCUACCUGUAACCCUUCCGUUUCGUGUGAAGGUACACAAUCUGCACAGACAAAGUCAACAGAUAUUUUAAAUACGAAGCAUCCUAAAACAUCUGAACCUGUAAAUAUCGCAGCUCUAGAGAAACAUUCGAUAAAAGCUAAUGCUCCUGGAAGGACUUCAUCAAAAGUGGAAUCUCCUGAUAAAAUAAAUGCUUCUGUAAAUGCCAAGGCUCAUGCUAACCCAAAAGUCGCCAAGGCUCCUCAAAAAAGCCCUGAUUCAGAACGGCUAUCACCAACUCCAACUGUGGGAUUUUCUAUGCCGCUUCAUUCAGGUUUUCCGUUGGGAAGAAACCCCUGUAAAGAUGGCAAAAAAAGUGCAGAGAAGUCAAAGUGUCCAACGCCAGAGCCUAAAACCUGCGACAAAGCCAAAAAAGAACCCAAAUCUAAACCCAGCAAGAAACCAAAGAAAAAGGAGAAACAAAAAGCGCUGGGUAUUAACCAAUGUAAGCAAAGAACUGAAGAAAACACCUAUUCUGAAAAAGAGGCUACAAAAUCUCAUGUUACGGGCACAGAUGCCGUUCCACAUGGUUCUUCCCAACCCAAGCCUAAGCCAUCAGAAAACAUAGCAUCAAAAGAAAAUCCUUUAAAGGAAAAGACAUUGACACAGGGUUAUACCAAUCCAAAGCCAGGACAGGAUAAGCCAGUCAGUCCUCCUAAAACCAACACGAAACCCGAUGAAGGAAAGCUACCACCACCGCCUUCUUCUAGCUUUUCCAUGCCACUCUUCUCGGCUUUUCCAAUGGGAAGAAAUCCAUGCAGGGAUGGGCCACGAGGAGCAGCCAAAGCGGAUUGCCUCAAGUCUAAAGCUAAUCCCUGCGCCACAGCCAAAGUCAAGCCUUGUAAGUCCGAAACAGAUUCCUGUUCUUCGGAUAGGAAAAGUUCGGGUGCCUCGGACUGCUCCAAAAAGGAAGGUUUUAGGAAGGCUUUAUAUGCUGUAAAAAGACUUCCCGCAAGCAAAGGUAAAUCUGCUACUUCGCUACCGGAAAAAGCUUCAUCACAGCCUUUACCGCCUGUUAAAGAAAUUCAAGAAGAUAAAGCAAGUCUCCUAGGUGCAAAGUCCCCUUUACCGACAAAGCCACCACCACCUAGUGAAAUCAAAGCAUCUGUGAGCCCUACAACUGCAAAGGCUCCUCCUCAGACAUCGCCAAGUGAUGUAGAUCAUAAAGAUUCUUCGGGCUCUGCAAAGAAAAAAGAAAAGACUUGUUCCCAAGCACCGCCAUCAAAGCCUCAAGAAGCAAAAAUAAUAAAUGGUAGAUGCAAGCCAAAGAAGCAAUGCGAUUCACCGGUAAGCCCCGACUUUAGCAGAGCCAAAGAAACACCCGAGUUGAAAAAGUUUCCCGUUCUACCACUGAAACAAAGCCUCGCCAGUUACCUUAGCAGUAUCGAACCUCUUCUCACCGCCGAGGAACUUGAAAAGGAGCAAAAAGUGACCAAGAAGUUCGCGGACAACGAGGGCCAUGAUCUCCAGCAGCUGCUCGAAGAAGAGGCCGAACAUUGCAGCAAUUGGCUGACUCCCCGGUGGACUCGUGCCGCCUAUUUGGGCUAUCAGGCCCCGCUGACCGUCUUCUCCAGUCCCGGACUUUCCUUUCCCCUCCAAGAGUUUUCGGAGACCACUGAUUUUCUCACCUUCACUGCCAAAGCGAUUUACGGCAUUUGCGAAUUCAAGCAGCUAGUGGACCAAAACAAAAUCCCAGUUGUCAAGAUGGGCAAAAAUGACCUGGACAACAGCCAGUUCUACAAGAUCUUUGGUACAAUUCGUAGACCAGGCCGAUUUUGUGAUACCCUUCAACAGUUCAGUGAUGCCGAUUACGUCGUAGUGGUCCACAAGAACAACUACUACAAGUUGCCCAUUUAUUGCGAAAGCGGUAAGCUGUUGAAUGUGCCCAGUCUGGUGGAUGCGCUCCAGGAGAUCAUCGACUGUCCUAUCGGAAAGGGCGAACCUUAUGGCCUGCUGACGCACGACAAUAGAAGCAACUGGGCGGAGGCCUAUGCGGCUCUUAGCUGUCCGCAUGGCAAUGCCGACACAGUGGAGACCAUCGAGCAAUCCCUGUUCCUGGUGUGCCUGGACGAAUGGGUGCCCAUUUGCCAGGGAGAGGAGCGCAUUGUGCAGGCCCACCAGCUUCUGCACGGCGGUGGACUGCGCCAGAAUAGCGCCAAUAGGUGGAUGGACAAGACCAUCCAGCUGAUAGUCAACCCAAAUGGAUUGGCUGGCUUUUGCUACGAGCAUUCUCCUGCCGACUGCCAGCCACUGGCGAUGCUAAUGGACUUUGUGCAACAAAAAGUCAGGAACGAGGAGAACUAUGGUGGCGAAAGCAGUGAGCCACAAAAGGAUGUAUCAUCCACAUUGUUAAAGUUUCAGGCGACGAACGAGUGCAUCAACUUGUGGAUGUGCCAGGCAAUGCGAAACAUCCACAGGAUCGCCAGUCAGCUACAGAUGAACGUGUUCCAGUUCGAGUGCCAUGGCAAGUGCUUCAUCAAGGCGCAGGGUCUCAACACAGACAGCUACAUUCAGUUGGCCCUCGGUCUGGCCUACUACUCGGUCCACGAGAAAAUACCUGCCCAGUACGAGUCCGCUCACUUGAGGAUUUUCAUCGAAGGCCGCACCGAAGCCAUACGAUCCACCUCGAACGAGUCGAAGGCCUUUGUCCUGGCCAUGCAGUCGGAGACGGCCUCGAGGCACGAGCAGCUGGUGGCCCUGCAAAGGGCUGUGGAUGCCCACGAGCGGUUGACCAAGGAGGCCAUCACUGGACAGGGCAUCGAUCGCCAUCUGUUUGGGCUGCAGCAAAUGGCCCUGGAAAAUGGCAUGCCCUCGCCGGAAUUCUUUCAGUCGAAGGGUUUCGUAAGAUCGGUAUCCUUUCAGCUGUUCACCUCUCAGGUGGCCACAUCCCACGAGAGCUUCAUGGCCUACGGACCUCUGUUGUCCGACGGCUACGGAUGCUGCUACAAUCCGCAGGAAGACAAGAUCAUUUUCGCCAUUUCCGCAUGGAAGAAUUCCCCACAAAUUAGCCCAUUCAAAUAUGGCACAGCCAUUAAAAAGUCCCUGAACGCCAUGAGAAGACUUAUCCUGGAAACUGGUGGCGAUCCCGUGGGCGAACAUCCAUGCAAAUGCGAGGAAAUUCGGCCCUAGAAGGGCAACCCUCUUGAAUUCGGUAUCAAAGCUUGGCAAAUACACAUGCGCAUUACUUCAGAUGCA